UUUGAGGGACGUGCUGUCCCGGAGCCAGUACCCGAAGGAUUCAUGUCUGCAAAACCGCAAAUUCCAGGCUUCCUCCUAGUCGAAUUUCAUUUUUGUUGCUAUUUAAUUCACUGAAAAGUUGUCAACUCAAUUUUUUUCAUCGAUCGAUUAAUCUCGUUGCUGUGCCACCAGAAAAUUAUGAUGGCAUCUUCGUUCGAACCCACUGUGACGGAAGCUGUAGUCGCUGCUCUGAAUCCAGGCACUGCUCUGACCUCUCCGAUGAGCAACGUUCUCACAGACACUCUGGUUACCAUCGGACCCAAGUUUGCUCAACAGUUUAUGCGAUUCUCGAAUCAGACAGUCGUUGACAAAGUCCCUGAAGAAAUGCUGCAUCUCAUCGAUCCCUACUGGUAUCAGUACCCACCGAUGGAUCCAAUUUGGCACAAAAUUCUUGGUCUGGUGAUGAUAGUGAUAGGAAUUCUGGGAUGGACUGGUAACGGAAUGGUCGUUUAUAUUUUCCUGGUAACACCAAGUCUCCGAACGCCUAGUAAUCUGCUCGUGGUGAAUCUAGCAUUUUCGGAUUUUCUUAUGAUGAUAAUGAUGUCACCGCCGAUGGUGAUAAAUUGCUGGUUCGAGACAUGGGUGCUUGGUCCUCUCAUGUGCGACAUUUAUGCAAUGAUUGGUUCAUUGUGCGGUGGUGCAUCGAUCUGGACGAUGACAAUGAUCGCCUAUGAUCGUUAUAACGUCAUUGUUAAAGGCAUGAAUGGCAGACCGCUGACCAUCAACCUCGCAAUUCUUAAAAUAUUGAUCAUUUGGUUACACUCUCUUGUGUGGACGAUAUUUCCUAUGGUAGGGUGGAAUCGAUACGUUCCGGAAGGAAAUAUGACGUCGUGUGGCACCGAUUAUUUCAACCAAGCGUGGUUAUCGCGCUCCUACAUUCUCGUUUAUUCCAUUUUCGUCUAUUACACGCCGUUGUUCACAAUUAUUUAUUCCUACUGGUUCAUCGUUGCUACUGUCGCUGCUCAUGAGAAAGCGAUGAGAGAUCAGGCAAAAAAAAUGAACGUUGCGUCCCUCAGGAGCGGUGAACAGGAAGGAGAAAGCGCUGAAGUCAAACUCGCCAAGGUGGCAAUAACAACAAUUUCUCUCUGGUUCGCCGCCUGGACUCCUUAUUUGGUGAUCAAUUACACUGGAAUUUUUGGAGGCAAAAUUAGUCCACUUUUCACAAUUUGGGGAUCGUUGUGUGCCAAAACAAACGCUUGUUACAAUCCGAUCGUGUACGCAGUCAGCCAUCCAAAAUAUCGAGCAGCUUUGCACGCCAAAUUUCCUUGUUUGCUUAUCGGAGCAGAUGAAAAUAAGCCUGCAGCUCCAGCCGGCGGUGCAGCGGCACCAGCAGCCGAAGCCUGAUUGAUCCACACGUUUGCCGAAUUAUGAAUUUUUAUCAUCCAGGUACAUUGUUCAUUUGUUCUCGACGAAAACAAAACAAAAAAAUCUUUCAAUAUGGGAUGGGAAUGAAGAAACAAACAAAACCUAAAAUUCAAUCAAUUUUGAAAAACAAAAGAAAGAAAAAUCGAUGAAUACAAAUAUUUGUGUUAUUUCGUAUCGAUUUUAAUCGAAUUAAUCGAAAAGAAAAAAAAACAACCAAGUUGUGAUUGCUUUGAGAAUAAAAAAAAAGUUUAAAUUUUUCGACAAAAGGAUAAAACUCUCAAAAUAAAUACCGAGAAUUGGAAAUUAGUUUUUCAUUCGAUUUCUUUCGAUAAAUUUUCAUUCGGUGUGUUGUGCAAUAAAAACUAAAAAAAAAAGAUAAAAAUACGUCGUGAAAGAAUUUUUUCAACGCUCUUAUUAUAGGCCAGAAAAAGAAGGGUUUAUAUUUGACAAAAGUAUUAUCCGAUAACCGCGAGUGCCAUUAUAUCCCACGCAGAACGGUCCCCGGUUGUUGAGUUUAUAAUUUUGAACACGAGAUUCGUAAUUUAUUAUUUGUUCAUUAACAAAUUAGUGAAAAAAAUGCACUUUCUUGGUUUUCCGUCAAUAAAACAAAAACCAAUAGAGCUACGAAGAAGCAACCAAAAAACGAAGUAUAGAGAACAAAAAUGCGAAGAGAAUGAGCUCUGGAACGACCUGAUCGAUCAAUAAUGAACUUGAAAAAUUGAAAAAAAAAAAAAAAAACAGAAAAACGAAAAAUAGCGUUUUUUCAAAAAAAUUCUAUCAACACCAUCUUUGAAGUUGUAUCUUCUUUUUUGCACGAUCGUGUAGGUAUUGAUAAAUACUUGCUCUGUAAAAAAUCCAGGUGCUGUCGGAUGAUUAGUUUUUGAAUUAUCGCCCUCCGAAGUUGCGAGGGCCAUUUUUUUUCAGCAAGCCUGGAGCAAGCCUGAAAAUCAGGCGCAAAAAUGAACAAAUGGAAAAAUGAACAAAAAUGAACAAUUAACAAAGUUGGUGGGGGUCGAACAGCAACCUGAAGUAUGAAAUUAUUAAUUAUUAUAGAUAUAAUAAUUAAUAUUAAUUAUUAAUAAUUAUUAUUAAUUAAUAACGAAAUAUAAAUAAUUUUUAUUGUUAUUAAUAAAGUAUUGUUACGAUUAUGAUAAAUUAGGUAUUGCGGAGGAUAAAAAAUAGGAAAAAUCGUUUGAGUUGCCUGUAGAAUUUAUUUAAUGUUACAAAAUUAAAAUUCAGAUACAACAUUA